AUGCAUCAUCUACCCUUCACCGUGGCACUCGGUACAGAUCCGGGAAUUUUGGAUCCUGCGGGGGCUCCUGACCGCGACUCGGACCCCUUAACAGCGCAUAUAAAACCCGCCCAUUCGGCACGAAUUUCGAAGAGAUUUGAAUUAAAAUUUUCCUGCGUCCAAUUUGUAUUGAAUAUGUGGCAGUAUCUUUUAUUCCUCCCGUUUCUUCAAGUUGUCAUCAGUGCCAGAGCGGCGCCUUCUCUGCCUACUCCUCGAAUUUUGCCCAGUGCACCUGUAGUCACCGUGACAAACGGCAGCUACUUUGGCACAUACUCAGAAACAUAUCAUGAGGACAUCUUCUUGGGAAUUCCCUUUGCGCAUCCACCACUCCAAGGCCUCCGAUACCGAAAUCCCGUGUCGUUGAAUGAAACCUGGACAGGUCAGAGACCAGCGACCAACUAUGCUCCUGAAUGCAUUGGUUAUGGCAGUGACCAGAUUGGCAAGCAGCAAAGUGAGGACUGUCUUUAUCUCAAUGUCAUACGCCCAACUGGCUUUGAAAAUGAAACCCUUCCAGUAGCAGUCUGGAUUCACGGUGGUGGGUUCCGACAGGGGGGCACCCAGGAUCUGCGAUACAAUGUCUCGUUCAUUGUCCGAAACUCAGUAGACAUUAACAAACCUGUUCUUGGUGUGAGUAUUGCAUAUCGACUCGGUGCUUUGGGCUUCAUGAACAGUGAAGAGGUUGCACAAGAAGGGUACACAAACCUGGGCUUAAAGGAUCAACGACUUGCCCUCCACUGGAUCCAAGAGAAUAUCGGGGCAUUUGGCGGCGAUCCGUCAAAGGUUACAAUAUGGGGCCAGAGCGCCGGCGCAGAAAGCGUUGGGUUCCACAUCCGAGCCUACGAUGGCCGCGAUGACGGUCUUUUCCGUGCAGCUAUCAUGGAAUCGGGCCCUGUACUGCCACACAAUCCUCUGAACUUGACUGAAGUCUAUCAGCCACGGUAUGAUGGAAUUGUACAUGAGUCCGGCUGCAAAGGGGAAAAAGAUACAUUGGCUUGUUUGCGUCGUCUCCCAUUUACCAUUCUGAAUAACGUGCUCAAUACAACUGUAUAUAACUCUAACUGGAAUCCGACACUGGACGGGGAUUUUGUGGCUCGCUAUCCAAGUCAGCAAAUCAAAGAUGGCGCAUUUGUCCGCAUUCCUAUUAUUGUGGGUGCAAGCUCGGACGAAGGCACAAACUUCAGCCCAAAACCGAUUAACGAUACAGCUGACUUUAUUGGAUGGCUAAAUGUGACUACAUCGGAACAAUGGGCUUUCGGAGAAAGUCUCAUAAAUGACGUCCUAAAGGCAUACCCAGAUGACCCUGCUGUCGGAAUUCCCUCCUUUGCAACUCUUGGUGGAGAUGUAACAUUUCCACAGCCAUAUGGAGCAGAAUACCGUCGCAGUACAGCCUACUGGGGUGACCAGGUCUUCAUUGCUGGAAGAAGAUUGACAGCCGAAACAUGGGCGGCGAACAACCUGACUGCAUACAGCUACCGAUUUAAUACAGUGCCGGCGGGAGCAGCGUGGGAAAUUGGCGUGACACACUUCGCCGAAGUUGCUUUUGUUUUCAAUAAUCUGAACGGACUGGGAUAUACUUCGAAUCCGUUUUUGAAUAAGCCAGAUUCAUAUACGCAACUUAGCUAUAUGAUGAGCAACUCUUGGGCCAGCUUUGUCUAUAGUCUUGACCCGAAUGCCUGGAGCGGAAAAGGAAGAAAUACUACACAGGCUGAUUGGCCGGCUUAUAAUUUGGAACGACCUAUGAAUAUGGUUUGGGAUGCAAACAAGACGAGCUAUCUUGAGCUUGAUACUUGGCGGACAGAUGGUAUUAAGUGGAUAAAUGAGCAUGCUUUGAACUACCAGCGAUGA